UAUCACAGUGUAGUGUCUCGUGUGUGGAGUACCGUGAAACCAGUGUUACAACGGAUCGAGGCCGAGUUCGACAAAAAUCCACUAGAGACAGUCAGUGAGCGAGAGGCUGGUGAAGCUGAGCUAUACGGUCCAAUUGUGGCUGCCGCGGCCGCUUCACAAUGCGAUUUUCCAACAUCAGAUGAUGAUCAAGUUCCGGCACCGAAUCGCUUUCUGUCCGCGCAUUUGAAUAGCCAUGGAUCAGAAGAUCUGGACACUUCAGAAGCGGUAUUCAUUAAACAGUUCGUACCGAAAAUGAGCAACGAAGAAAUCGAUCGUCUGUUUGACAAUGCCCUUGGUGGUGCCACUUCUCCUGGACGCGCGCCCUCGUUGUUCGGCUCGGAACCGGAUCCCGAUGCGUUUCAUGGUGCAGGCUCACCCGGGGCAAUGCCUUGGGUCAUGUCAGAUGAAUACGCGACCGAUGAUGACGAAGUGUCGGAUAUCGUAGAUGAAACAAUUGUGAGCGGACGACCAGAAUACGUCGGAAUUAAACCGCAGGCAAGGUAA